CUGGGGCUGGCAGCUCCCAUCACGGCAGUGUGGGCCUGGAUAAGAAUACGGUGCAUGAUCAAGAGUACGUAUUCAGCCUAUGCUGUGGUCCUGAGCUUCCUCACCAUGUGUGGCUGCUCUCAGAUACGAUGGCAUAUCAUGGAGCAUCUAGAAGGUGUCAUCAACAAACCAGAGGCGGAGAUGUCCCCACAAGAACUGCAGCUUCAUUAUUUCAAAAUGCAUGAUUAUGACGGCAAUAAUUUGCUUGACGGCCUAGAACUCUCCACAGCCAUCUCUCAUGCCCAUAAAGUGGAAGGGAAUGAACAGGCACCAAUGAGUGAAACUGAACGAAUUACCUUAAUAGAUGGUGUCUUGAGAGAUGACGACAAGAAUAAUGAUGGAUACAUCGAUUAUGCUGAAUUUGCAAAGUCACUACAGUAGAUAUAUUUGACUUUUACCUAGUUACAUGCAAAUGUGACCCUCAGUAAUGUGAUUCAUUAUUUUCAAAGUAACUCACUUCCACCUACUACUACUGUAUUCUGGUAAAAACUAAAAACAAGACAGAAAAACCUUUGGCAGUAUGUUACACUAAGAGUGAAAAUGAAAAACCCAGAAAGAAAUGGGGCAUGUUAUAGUUCUUAAGUACUCUAAAUCUCUUAUCAGACAGGAGCUUGAUUAAAGAUUUUUAAAGAAUAUUGGCUAAUAGGAGCUGAGUACUCAGGAAUUGGACUAUAGAAUACUGUUAGUUUCUUGAUUUUAAUUCAUGCUAUCUGAAAAGUAAGACAAACUUUGCCAAGUGGGCAUACUUUCCAGUAACAGGGAAUGAAUGCCAAAUCUUCCCCUUGGUUUUUUUCCCCCAUUCUCUCUCUGUCUCUCUCUCUAUAUAUCUCCCUCUCCCUCCUCCCCCUCUUUCACCCUCUCUUUCUCCCUCCCUCUCCCCCCUCCCUUUUCCUUUUCCCCCAGGUAAACAUGGUCAGUAUUCUGUUAAGUUGUUUUUUUAAUACUUUAUUUUUAUCAACACCAGAUAAAGAUGGGAUGCUUGGGAUCAAUCUUCAAACCUCAAGACUAUGGCCAUUGUAGUCCCUUUCACUUUUCCUUGUCUCAGCUUGGUUCCUUUUGAUUCUCCUAAAAAGAAAGUAUAUAUUCUGUUAAGUUUUCUUGGUCUAGAUGAUUACUUGCUUUGUGCAAGUGAGUAUUUAUUAGGCUAUUUUUAAGCCACAAGCAUAAGAAGAAUGUCAAAGGUUGAGUUCUGCUAGCCACAGAGUUGUUAAGUUUCUGUAUUUUCUGGCAUUUUGGAAAUAAUAACACCACUGAUUUAAGUGAUUAACCUUUCCAAGUUUUUUAGCAUUUUAUAAAAAUACUGCCAUAUCUUUCUGUGGUAUUUCUUUUGUCUUUUUUAGCAUUGGAGAGGCUUUGAAUUUAAAGUAUUCUCUAAUCAGUAGCAUAUAGUUUAACUUUCUUAAUGUUUCUAUUCAACUCUUGUUUGUAGGGUUUUAUUUUUGCAGUUUAGAAACUAUCAGGAAUGUUAGGAUUUUAUCUCUACCUGAUGCAGUGGGGGUAAAACUACUAGCUGACUUAGCCUAAAUGAGAAAUGGCAAAAUCAUUCACCUAGCACAGUGAUCAGCCUGAUACAAGUUACAUCUAGAGGGAAUGUUGUUUAAAUUACCUCUUUUAGCCUGAAUAUGUGAAUUUUUUUUCAGGUUAAGAUUAGAAAAAGAAGCUUAAAAACUCUACAUUGUAAAUGUGAAAAGUAGUUGAAAAUAAGAAGUAGUAACAAAUUGCAUUUGUCUUAUUGGAUGUGAUGGACAUGCUAUGAUAGAAAAUUUGAAAGAAUGUUUGAAUGGAGAAAACUACAUAAAAUUUGCUGUGAGACAUAUAGAUUUAUUUUCUUUAUUAAAGUAUUCUUAUAAGAAAAUACACAUUUGUAAAAAUGGUUUCCUGUGUUAAGUAUUUGUGCAAUCAGAGCUGAACUGUAAAAUAAACUAUUCUUGUAAUAGCCAGUUAUUUUGAAAGGUUUAUAUAGUAAAUUCUGGAUAUAUGACCAAUUAAAAUAAUGAAACAAAAUAAAGAGCAGUUAUUUUGUCCUCAUAA